AUGGCGGAACCCAUGGAAGAAAAGACUGGGUCCGAGGACACUGCGGAGGAACAGCAUCGACUGAACGCACUCCUUGAAGAUUUGGACAUCCAUAACAUGAUCCUUGAAAGCCAUGGUCCCGAAGAUCAUGAAGCAAUCGAGGAGACGAAGAAAACUAUCCGCCAUCUCCAAGCUCAAAUCGAUAUGAGUCUUCGGGAAAAGGGUGAUUCUCCACCAAAUGAACCUAUACCAACUCUUCCUCAGACACCAUCGCAGGUGAACAGAAUGGCGGGGCUCCCAUCAUCAGAGACCGCCUUCUGGUCCUCAUCAGCACCCUCCCCAUUCUCUGUCUUGCCUCAACAGUCACAAGUCAGUGUAUUGGGUUCCCAGGGAGCACUGGUCAAGCUCAACCAUCCCAGUCUCUGGCUCCAUUUCGGACACCUAGUCAAAUAUCUCGCAAGCGGGAGAGAGAGGGAUUCCAUCAGCUCACUCAAUCCAUCACAACUGACAAAGAGGACGGCACUUGAUGCAUCCAGGCAGCGCCUUGAAAAAAUUGACGCCGAUUUGGAAAAAGGGCUGAGGGACACCCGGGAGCAAUAUGCUGCGUUGAAGCAACCAGAUCAAGUCGAAAAGAACGCCGCAAAACAGGGCAUAUCGGAGAACGAUUAUCUGGACGAGCUUGCCGAGGAAGAGGAAGAAAUUAAGAGGUCUCUUAGAUAUACCAUGCAAGCAGAGAGAGACGCUGAAUUUGCUCGUAGGCUGCAGGCUGCGGAUGAGGUGCAGUAUGCUCCACAGCCGAGCUUUAAUCCUCCCGAGCGGCUUCAACCCAGCACGUCUACGCAGCAGUACCGCUCCUACCGUUCUCCUGUCCCAGAGUACACGGGUGAUUCAGAGGAUGAUUUUGAAGAAAUCAGCCCAGAGUCUUUCCUUUCCAGUGCUCAUAUGCCACCCGGUCCAUCUCAGCGCCCUCCAGGUCAGCGCUCACCAUAUCCACCCGCAUAUCAGUCCACAUAUCGGUCCGCAUAUCAGCCCACUCCGUCUUGGCAGUCACCAGCUAGAAAUCCGGCGAUGGGACUACCAGGAGACAGCUCUUCAUUCCCUCAAAAAUCUGGAAUGAUGCCUCAAGGCUUUGGGCAUCUGCUUCCUGCUCAUCUUCCAAUUAUGAACAUGCCACCGGGCAGACACCUUCCGUGGAUGCACAUGCCAAGUCCAACACGACCUCAAGUUCCGCGGCCAGAGAUAACGGCGUUUGACUUGGUUCGUGAGCAAAAUGACCUGGAAUCUGACAACAUAGAUUUUCAGCUUUACAAAGAGGAAGACUUCCCUGACGAUAUCAAAAACUUACUUACGGGAAUCAAGAACAUGAAGGACGCGACGAAGGCAGAGAGUGACGAUAGACCUACUGGUUUGAAAGUCACAUUGAUGAAACAUCAAAAAAUCGGUUUAAAGUGGAUGAAGGCAAAGGAGGAUAGUUCUCACAAGGGUGGGAUUCUCGCUGACGACAUGGGUCUCGGGAAAACCAUUCAAACUAUUGCGCUCAUGGUUUCCCGCCGACCGACAGAUCCUGAUCGCCAUCCGACUUUGAUUGUUGCUCCAAAGGCUCUCAUGGAGCAGUGGAGACUUGAGAUUGGGCGCCAUGUGAAUCCUGGCACAGCUCAAUUUCAAGUUCUGAUCUUCCAUAGCCUAUCGCGUCAGCUCAGUUGGAGAGAUAUCCGGAAGUAUGAUAUAGUCAUCACAACAUUCGGCACCUUGACGGCCAACUUCAAAUACUUAGAGGCAGCUCAGAAACUCCAGGAAGAUGGCAAGGAUGCUAGUAUCGUGCGGCAAAUUCGAGAUCAGGCAACUUUGUUCUCCUCAGCAGCAAAAUGGCAUCGAGUCAUCAUCGAUGAAGCCCAGAACAUCAAAAAUCCAUUAUCCAAGGGAGCCAAGGCGUGUUGCAGACUCGACACUACUUUCCGCUGGUGCUUGACUGGAACACCCAUGAUGAACCGGCUAGAGGAUUUUCAGUCUCUACUGCGAUUCCUUCGCAUCCGUCCUUACAACAACGCGGAAAAAUUCAAACGAACUUUCAUCAAACCCAUUAAACAAGGAUAUGGGGAUGAGGGUGUUAUGAAACAACUGCGCGUUUUGGUCAAAUCAGUCUGUCUUCGACGCACAAAGAAAACUGAAAUUGAUGGACAACCUAUCCUGCAACUACCUCCGAAAGUCAUCGAGAAGAUUCACGUGGUUUUCAAUGAAGAAGAGAAAGCGAUGUAUGACGAGCUCAACUCCAACACACAGCAUGUCAUCAGCAGGUAUCUGAAAGCAGGUACUCUGGGAAAGAACUACAGUCACGUUCUUGUUCUUCUCCUUCGACUCCGACAAGCAUGCGACCAUCCGCUCUUGAUAAAGGGCUUCAACUCCGAUGGUUCGAGUGUUGUCCAGGGCGUGGAUCUUGUUGCAAACGCGAAGCUGUUGGACGCUAACACAGUGGCGCGCAUCAAGAACAAUGAAGCCGAAGAUGACGGCAGUUGCCCAAUCUGCAUGGACAGUGUUGAAAAUGCGGUGAUCUACAUUCCUUGUGGCCACUCAGUCUGCUCUGAAUGUUUCGCUCGUAUCUCAGACCCUACACUUCUUGCGCGACAGGACGCCGCCGAGUUGAAGUGCCAAAACUGCCGUGGCCAUGUCGACCCUCUUAAGGUCACUGAUGCAAUCUCGUUUAAAAAGGCACAUGAUCCAGCUGCCGGCUCCUCAGAGGAAUCAGAAGCUGAGUCCGAGGAAUAUGACUCUGAUGACUCCGAGUACAAUAGUUCGAAAGAAUCAUCAUCUCCUCGCAAGAAGAAGACUAAGAAGAAGUCUCUCUCCGAACUGCGUGCAGCUGCACAGAGAAACAAGGCCGAGAAGGCCAAGUAUGUUCGUCGCCUGGAGAAAAUGUGGGUUCCUAGUGCAAAGACCGAUAAGACCAUCGAAAUCUUGCAAGAGAAUGAAGACCGUGGCAAUGGCGAGAAGACCAUCAUCUUUAGCCAGUUCACAUCUUUGUUGGAUCUCCUUGAGAUCCCGAUCAUCCAGCGCAAGUGGUGUUUCGUGCGCUUUGACGGCACAAUGAACAUCGCGGAUCGCAACGCUGCGGUGGCCGCGUUCACCGAUGACCCAGAUUGUAGAAUCAUGCUCGUCAGUCUCAAGGCUGGUAAUGCGGGUUUAAACCUCAUCUCUGCGUCCCACGUCAUCCUCUACGAUCCUUUCUGGAACCCGUAUGUCGAGGAUCAAGCCAUCGACCGUGCUCAUCGCAUUGGGCAGACCAAGGAUGUCUUCGUACACCGUCUGCUCAUCGAAGAAACCGUUGAAGACCGGAUCAUUGAACUGCAGGAAAAGAAACGAGAGUUGAUCAGUGGUGCGCUGGAUGAAGGCGGUUCUAUGAAUAUUUCUGGGCUCAACACCCGUGAAUUGGCCUACCUUUUCGGCGUACAAGCUUAG